AUGCAACCCCCUCACCACUGCCUCCUCCUCCUCUACUUUCUCCUCCUAUCUGGGACAUGGGCAGACCUGGAGGGGACUUUCACUAUCCGGCUGCUCCAGACCUCCACCUUCCAAAACACCUCUUUCGUGGACACGGAGGGGCUGGCCCUGCUGGAAGACAUCGAGCUUGGUUCUUUUGAUAUGCACACCUGGACCAUCCGCUUCUACCAGCCCUGGGUGCGCCCAGCCCUACCCCGCAGUGACUGGGACACCAUUGAGAACAUGAUCAAGAUCUAUUUCCAGCAGUUCAACCACCUGAUCAAUGAAGGUGCCAUGCAGAAGGAUGUGCCCUACCCCUUCGUGGCCCAAUGCAUGGCGGGCUGCCAGCUCUACCCCAACAGGACCUCCCGGGCCUUCAUCUAUGUGGGCUACAAUAGCCAGGACUUCCUCAGCUUCAACAUGGACAAUGCCACCUGGCUCUUAUCCCAAGACACCAUCCUGUCACGGUACGUCCAGGCUGUUCUACAGAACUAUACUGCCUUCAGCGAGCUGGUGGAAGUCCUCUUCAAUGAUACCUGUGCUGACGACCUGGAGAUGUUUCUGCACUAUGGGAAGGCAGCUCUGGAGAGACAAGGUGAGACCAUCGUGACCCGGGCAUGGCCACCCCAAACCCACACACACUGGGGCCAAGUGGUGCCCAUCAGUGUGGCCUGGCUGCAGGAUGGCCAGGAGGUGCCGCCGGGCCCAGCGCUCAACACCAGCACCAUCCUGCCCAACGCUGACCUCACCUACCAGCUCCGCAGCGUCCUGGCCGUGGCCCCCCAUGAUGGUCACAGCUAUGCCUGCCGCGUGCGCCACAGCAGCCUGGGCACCCGCAGCCUCCUCAUCCCAUGGGGGAACUCAGAGGUGGUGCUGAUCGCAGGGCUCGGGGCUGGGCUGCUGGCAGCCGUGGCCACGGCUGCCAUCACAGUGCUUUGGGUGUGGAGAUGCAGAAAGCACCAGCAGAUGGAGGAAUCAGAGUCCAGGAACUCCAUCCUGAGCAAAGAAGCUUAG